CAGCAGUGCGAAACCUCCCCUUUUUUCGUCAGAAAAGUGGUGCUGUCAAAGAAGGUUGAGAGGAAGUUGGUUUUGUUAGCUGCUUUUGCACCACUUCCUGGACACAUCUAGCAGAAAUCAUGAUACGGUUUAUCUUGAUACAAAACCGCGCUGGGAAGACUCGCCUCGCCAAGUGGUAUAUGAACUUCGACGAUGACGAGAAGCAGAAGUUGAUCGAGGAAGUGCACGCCGUGGUCACUGUCCGGGAUGCCAAGCACACGAACUUCGUGGAGUUCAGAAACUUCAAGAUUGUGUACAGGCGCUACGCCGGGCUGUACUUUUGCAUCUGUGUGGACGUGAAUGAUAACAACUUGUGCUACUUGGAGGCCAUUCACAACUUCGUGGAGGUCCUCAAUGAGUACUUCCACAACGUCUGCGAGCUGGACCUCGUGUUCAACUUCUACAAAGUCUACACGGUGGUGGACGAGAUGUUCCUGGCCGGUGAGAUUAGGGAGACGUCGCAGACGAAGGUCCUGAAGCAACUGCUGACACUCAACUCACUAGAAUAAUUCCCGCGCAGGGGACAAAUAUGCUGUUGACAAACCAUUGGAUCAUUUUGUUCUUCUGCUAAGGAAUACGUAAGAUGGCAAGAUUGCAAUCUAUUCCGGUAGUUUAAGUUCCCAUGAAAAUCCACUAUACUUUUUCAGCUCAUUAAUAACUUUCGAUUCCAGUUUCAUUAAUUAGAUCAAUUAUUAUAUGAAUUUAGCUUGGGGGAAAGGCAAAAGGGCGGAAAAUGAACUGUUUUCGAACUGAGAAACUUUCAGGAACAGAUAAUCUUUUCCUGGAUACUUUCUGGUCAGCACAAGUGCUUCUGAUCAUCUCUGGCUUUCCCCUAAAAUUAAUUUAAGUGUUGAUGAAAUCAAGAAAACAAAGCGAAUUAUGUUUAGAAAUAUAUAAUUUACUCUUAGGCUUUUUCUAUGUGUAUAUAAAUAUAAUUUGCGCCUCGAUUUCCGCGAUUUAGGUUUAAAUCUAGCGAUUGUCUUUGAUAUUUCUUCAUCCCUCAUCUCAGUAAAUGGAAAAGUCUUGUUAAAA